GAAGCCACUGGUCCGACGCGCCAAAUUUCAAAGAACUUCCUCCCCGGAGGAAAGAAAGCCUAACCAGCACAAGACGUCCUGGAGGACGACGGCGACCGAAGCCGAACUCCUCCGUAGCCUGGCGCCCGCUUGACUGUCUUUCCGGUAUUGGGAAACUCGGUAUCAUUGGAUGAUGCAGACGGAAUACAAACCAUGACUCCUCUUGUUUUUAUAUGACAUUUUGUCUGAAAGCCGUUUUUACCCAGAGACCCCGGGGAAAACUAAUUUGCAUAAGUCAUCAGCUCAGACGGCCUCAUUUAUUCAUGUCGGUCCCCCCUGCUUCACGCCAGAUGCCAUUCUGCCGGGUUCUGAUGCCGUCAACGCAAUAAUUUACCACACGCAGAGCCAAUCUCCAAAUGCAACGCGUUCCGUUGUAACCCGGAGGCGGGUGGGCUUUUCCAGGACAAAGCGACAUGCUCUCUGGGGCGCAGCUGUGCUUCCAGCUGCUUCGCAUCGGCUCUUCGCUGGGGGGCCCCACGCAGGACCUGUACACCUUUAGGCCGGCGCACGGUCACUCUGUGUUCCGCCUGGGCCGGGCGGAGGAGCUAUGCGACGUCACGCUGGACUCGCCGGCUGUCUCGCGCGUCCAUGCCGAGCUGCACGCCGAGCGCGAGGCCAGUAGUGACGGCGGAGAGGGGGAGGCACAAGAGGAAGGAUGGAGAGUCCACAUCAAGGACAAGAGCACUCAUGGUACGUGGGUUAAUGAGGUCCGCCUCCAAGCUGGCGUCCUUUGGGAGUUAUCCGACGGCGACGCGCUCACCUUCGGGGGCCAUGGGGCUCCCGACGGCCCAGAGUUCUACUUUCUCUUCCAGAAGGUCAAAGUUCGUCCGUUGGACUUUGAUGCCAUCACCAUUCCGAAGGCAGGAACGUUUUCUUCCGAUCUGCAAAACCGGAUCAGAACCAACCCUGAGCGUAUGACGGCACCAGGCGUGGAUCUGUCCAAGCUGUCCAUCAAUCGUUCCACCGUCAUCCUCAACUCCAUCGGCAGCUUGAGCAAGAUGCAGGGCAGCGCGUGGACCUUUAGGAGGAGCCACAGCCACGAGGGGGCCGCCUCCGAUCCGGUCUCCUCGUCCCCGCCUCGUCCUCCUCUGAGCGCCAGACGCUCACCGCCUUCUUACUCCCCUGCUGCCUCCUCAUUGACCCCCAAGUGCGUCGUGCCCAAGUCCUCUGCCCCGAAGGUUCUGGCGCCGGCGUCCAGGAGCCGGAGGAAGUCUGCGCACACGGUGCUGUUGGAGGAUGACAGCUCAGACGAGCCCCGGAGCAGGACGGGCCCUGAAGAAGUGCAACGAUUGCGCGGCAGGAAGAAACGUCGUCUCUACAAGUCCGACUCGGACGACCUCUGCUCGCCUCCCCCGCCUCUGCUGUCUUCCCACCCGCGUCCCCAGGAAGCCAAACCCUUCCCAGUUGGCAUCAGGACCAUCGGCAGCUUCCACGGCGCCAUGACCAACUCUCGUCUCGACCACCACGUCCUACCUCCGCUACCAAGACAAGAACGGCAGGAGGCGGCGCCGCCGCGUCACCUUCACAACACGGCCACGUUUCGCCAGCAGAGAUCCGUGCCGCCGGCGCCGAGGGGUCGUCGGAGGGCUAACAGUGCGCCGGUUUUCUCUCCCUUGGUGGUCGGAGGGGAGAGUUACAACCUGGCGUCACCCUCAGUGAGGGUUUGCGCGGCGCCGCGUGGCCGGCCUGCGUUCAACAGGUUCCACCAGCAGCCUGGCAAGCGUCGCGGCCGUCCGAGGAAGCACCCACUUCCUCCUCGGCCUUCCCUUCCCUCGCCGUCCUCCUCGUCUUCCUCCUCAACUUCCACAGCCUCGUCCUCCUCGGGCUCCUCUUCGUCCUCGUCUUCCGAUGAAGACGACGAGCCCUCCACGGCCGUUUCGUCCGCCGGGGGCUCGGUGGAACCGUGCGCGGCCGCCCACUGCCUACUGCCCCAACAGGACCCAGUCCAGUGGAUCCAGUGCGACGUAUGCGACGCCUGGUACCACAUCGACUGUCUCCACAUCGAUCGAAAAAAGCUUCUGCGAGACCCCAACGCCGACUUCCACUGUGGCUGCUGUUGAGAACCACAGGCACACGAUCACUCACCCAAUUGCCGAGUUGCUCUCUAAGAAUCCAACAACUCUCUGGGAUUUUACGGUCGUACGUGUUCAAAUUCUCACAGUUGACUUUCUCCUGCCUCGUCUGUAAUGAAUUUUUAAGAAACGAGACAUUCUCUUUUCUGAGGAUGAAGAAGCUGCAUAGGGUGGUAAUCUUACACCCCACUUCCACUCAAGAGAGGCAUCUCCAUCAUUUUGAGUGGGCGACCAGGAUCAUGUCUUGACGCUGUUUUAAUCCGCCACUUUAUUAGGUACACCAAAAAGAACUUUUAAAAUUCCCCAUCAUACUCAGACAGCAAUGAAUUGCAUUUAUAGGGGCGUUAAAAAAAACUUGCGUGUACAAAUUUAGGGGUUCUGCGACAUGACCUCUGUGGCACACCACCUUGGAAACCAAUGAUCCAUUGCAAUCAAAAUAGGAAUCCUUAUUAAAUCAUUCUAUUUUUUUAUGUCGUUUGUGUUGAAUGGUGUACCUAAUAAAAUGUCUUGAAUGCUUGGACCUCAACGUGCUCUUCUAUUUUUAAAGGAAUUAUGAAUUUUUCAUAUGGUGUACAGUAUGCAAAAUACUUCAUUGAUGGUGUGCGAUGUCUUUGGCUCCCCCGCUGUGGCCAAAUGGUCAAACUGCAGUUGGUGAGUAAUAAAUGCAAAAUAAAACCGUUCAUGAGUGAUGUUGUUAAUGCAUGUAAUGGAAUAUUGUGACUGAUAAGGACUAUGUAGAGAAAUAAUAAAAACC